AUGUUUAAAUACUCAUACAACUUUACAAACGGGAAAGGGUACCUCAUUUCAAAUAAAAAAUUAAUUCGGUUUUGCUUAAACGGUACACCACUUGACGAAGAUGUUGUUUGUACGUUGAAAACAAAUGUAUACACUUCAGAAUCACCAACCACAAUGGAAGGUGCAUUUGAUUAUCCACAUUGUCCGUGUAAUAACGACGGUGGCGUGAAUUGCAAACUCAAAUUAUCAAACGAAUUUAAUUGGUUUGACAUGUUUAAUAGUGAUCUAAGCAGUACCGAAUUGAUGAUAGAUCGUAAUAUUGCUAUUUAUAACUUUAAUGUUACAAAACAAGUCACUGUUGCUGAUGAUGUAAAAUUGUCAUUUUAUACAAAAAUUGUUAAUGAUUUAGUGUUUUUGUUCACUUUUGGAAAAGUGGCAAUUUCUUUGUUUGAUAAUUCUUCUUCAUUCAUUUAUUCAAAUGUGUCAAAUACAAUGUUGUGUAACGGUGCUUCAUAUUACAGAUUUAAUUUAAACCAAAACAUCACUAAAUUAAAAAUUGACUGCACUGGAAGUAUAAAAACACUUUGUUUGUAUGAGAACACCAAUGUUAUCAUUUCUAAAAACACUACUUUGGUUCAAAUCGUUCAAAUAAAUUUCAGUGAAAACGGAAAGAGUUUUGUAUUCUUGGAAAACGCCAGUAGUUAUAAUGCGAUGAAUAAUUGUUAUCUUUUUGAAAUGACAAAAAGUCGUUUAACGUGCCUCAUGUGCGACUAUAAAUAUAAAAUUGUAGAUGGAACAUGUUAUCCUCUUGACGAAAAUUGUGAGACGUACAACAAAAACAACAAAUGUGUAUUGUGUAAAACUGGGUUUGUUUUAAAUGAACAAUUUGAGUGUAUUAGUUCAGAAAUUUGUUUAUAUGGCACAUCAACUAAUUGUUACAAAUGCCAAGACAGAUACAUAACAAAUGAAAACAAAUGUGUGUUGGAUACGAAUUGCAAACACAGUGAUGGGAGUGUAUGCAUCAUUUGUCACAAUGGAAAUUUAUUUGACAAAUGCGAGAGCUGCAAAUCCCAUUGCCGUUUGUGUAAAAACGAGAAAUGUUCCAUUUGUGAUAACAACUUCAUAUUAAAUAAUGAAGGUUCUUGCGUUGAAAUGGAAGGUGGAGUUUCAAAUGGAAUAUCGACUAUCUGGUGUAAUGAUAAUUAUUACAUUGCAAAUGGGGUUUGCAACAAUUGUUCAUCAAACUAUAUACACUCGAUAGUAUGUGACAAAAGCAAUACAAUCAUGUGUGAAACUGAUUGUUUUAUUACCAAUGAAAGACAAUGCACGUCACUUAUUUGUAAAAAUGAAACAUUUAAAGAAGAAAAUGGGAUGUGUGUUUUAGCAAAAGAAGAUUGUGUUUUUAUUGUGAACAACAAAUGUUUGGAAUGUGAUAAUAAUUAUAAUCUUAACGACAACAAUAUUUGUGUUAGUGUUAUAAAUGACACAACUUUAACUAAAUGUGUAUUAUAUAACAAAUAUGGCUGUAUUUCAUGUGACAUUGGGUAUUACUUGUUAUUUGCAAAAUGUUAUCUAUGUUCUGAGAAUUGCACAAGUUGUAUUGAAAGUGAUACAAAAUGUUUGUCAUGUAAGUAUGGUUUUUAUAUGGGAGAAAAUUACUUGUGUUUGCCAAGCACCGAGCUGUUGGGGAAAUGUGACAAAAUAUCACAAAUUACUGGUGGAUGUUAUCAAUGCAAAGACGGGUAUUACAUAGUUGGUAUGGAUUGUGUUGAAUGUCUUUCUAAUUGCUCAACAUGUAACACAAAAGACGCGU